CUGGUAGCGAGAGAGAGCGGAGGAUGCGCUAGGGUUCGGCCCGCCGCCGCCAUCCCCGGCCACCCCGGCAGCCGGAGCUCGCGCCCCCUCGGCCGGAUCUCUCCCCGUCUCCUCCCGAUCUGGCAGAUCGCUCCCCUGCCUCCUCCACGACCCAAUGCCGCCGCCAUCUGCAGCAGCGACACCGACGGGAUCUGCCCUUCUCCAGCCACAACGGGUACUGGAUCCGACCACCACUCUCACGACCUCGGCUGCGUGGAGCACGGACUCCUAGGUUGCUGCCUCGACCACGCCUCCUCGGUCUCCAUCCCCUGCUACCUCACGCAAGCUCAAGAUGAGCACUAGUGAGAGUGCAAGUGGUGAUGGAACCUGUGAGAGUGCAAGUGAUGAUGAAACAAAUGAAGAUGAGCUCAUGCUAUUGGUUGGGUAUUAUGUGAUGAACCAUUCUAAGAAGUAUUUGAAGAAGAAGAAGAGGAGGAUACCAUUAUGCACAGGACAACAAUGGGUUGUUGAAAACCUGAGUGAUAACAAGUGUUGUUACAAGAUGUUCAGAAUGUACCCAGAUUGUUUUCAUGCACUGCAUAACACACUUGUUGUUGUCUACAACUUGAAUUCCACCCGCGAAAUGGGUUCUGUUGAGGCACUUGGUAUGUUCCUGUGGAUGGUUGGAGGCCCCCAAUCAGUGAUUCAGGCGGAGAACCGCUUCAAGAGGUCCACUGAAACAAUUCAUCGUAAGUUUGAAGAGGUGCUGGAUUGUUUGGUAUGUUUAGCCGCAGAUAAUAUCAAACCAAGAGAUCCACAAUUCUCAACUAUGCAUGAAAGGCUUCAAGACUCUAGAUUCUGGCCUCAUUUUAACAAUUGCAUUGGUGCUAUUGAUGGGACACACAUACGUGUUGUUGUGCCGGCGAUUGACAUUGCUAACCAUAUUGGUCGGUAUGGAUAUCCGACACAAAACGUGAUGGCAGUGUGUGACUUUGACAUGAGAUUCACAUCAAUAGUUGCGGGAUGGCCUGGAUCCGCACAUGACACAAGGAUUUUCAAAGAUACAUUGACAAAGUAUGCUGAUCGGUUUCCACAUCCAUCUGCAGGAAAAUACUACCUUGUUGAUUCGGGUUAUCCCAAUACGACCGGAUAUCUAGCUCCAUACAAGGGAACAAAGUACCAUCUGCUGGAGUUUCGACAAAGCCAUAAACCAAGUGGAAAAAGGAAGUCUUUAACCAUGGUCAUUCUUCACUUCGUAAUGUCAUUGAGCGCACCUUUGGUGUGCUCAAGAUGAAAUGGUGUCUUCUACAACAUGUCACAAGUUACCCAAUUGUGAAGCAAACCCGGAUAAUAGUUGCAUGUAUGGCGCUCCAUAAUUGGAUAAGAGAGAGUAAUCUCCAUGACAAGGAGUUCUAUUUGUGUGAUCAAGAUGAGAACUACAUGCCGGGCAACAUUCAAUCUGAGCAAUCUACACCACUUCAUGGCCUUCAUGUCGGAGCUGAGCAUGGCAACAUGAAUGCCAUUCGUGAAGAUACCGCAAAUGCUUUGAUGGGUCAGGAGGACGGAGAGGAGGAUGACGAAGAUGAUGACUAGUGUGUGUAAGGACUUGGCUUGUAUUUUGGCCCCAACUUAAUUGCAAUAUGGGAAACUUGGCUUGUAUUUUGGUCCUAACUUAAUUGUAAUAUGGGAAACUGCUUAUAGGUUGCAGUCCUUGUUAUUACUAAUAUAUCAUGUGGUAUUAAGUUCAA